AUGGCCACACAUGAUUCCAACACCACCAUUAAGUUUGCCGACGACACGACAAUGGCCAUCCAAGACCACCCGAAAACCACCCCUCAACCAUCCAAGACCCCCGAAAACCGCCCCUCAACCAUCCAAGACCCCCCGAAAACCACCCCUCAACCAUCCAAGACCCCCCGAAAACCACCCCUCAACCAUCCAAGACCCCCCGAAAACCACCCCUCAACCAUCCAAGACCCCCCGAAAACCACCCCUCAACCAUCCAAGACCCCCCGAAAACCACCCCUCAACCAUCCAAGACCCCCCGAAAACCGCCCCUCAACCAUCCAAGACCCCCGAAAACCGCCCCUCAACCAUCCAAGACGCCCCGAAAACCACCCCUCAACCAUCCAAGACCCCCGAAAACCGCCCCUCAACCAUCCAAGACGCCCCGAAAACCGCCCCUCAACCAUCCAAGACUUUUUAGUAAUAGAAUCCAUCGAUUGCGAGUUGAACCACCCCUCAACCAUCCAAGACCCUCGAAAACCGCCCCUCAACCAUCCAAGACCCCCCAAAAACCACCCCUCAACCAUCCGAAAACCACCCCUCAACCAUCCAAGACCCCCGAAAACCGCCUCUCAACCAUCCAAGACCCCCGAAAACCACCCCUCAACCAUCCGAAAACCACCCCUCAACCAUCCGAAAACCACCCCUCAACCAUUCGAAAACCACCCCUCAACCAUCCAAGACCCCCGAAAACUGGCCCUCAACCAUCCAAGACGCCCCGAAAACCGGCCCUCAACCAUCCAAGACGCCCCGAAAACCGCCCCUCAACUAUCCAAGACUUUUUAG